AUGCCGGCAACCAGCUCAGGUCGGAUCGUGAAGGUGCGCAAAUCGAAAGGGGGAACGCUUCACCAGAAGAAUCACCGAUGGGAAUCAUUUACUACGAAAAUAUCUAAACUUAAUUCUCUUGAUCCCAUACGCAGAGUGCGCCGACAAGACCUCGAUAGCGAAGACCUUAAAACCACGACUUCAUACUUCAAAUCAGGAUUAGAAAAAUGGGGGGAACUCAAUAUGUCCGAGGCUUUUGUCGAAUUCACGAACGAAGUGCUACCAAUGUGCGAUUCUUUACCACAAAUUCUACACUUCGAGGACCAGAUUAUGGACAUCAUCGUAACAUACAUGGAGAAGCGGGAAAGAGAAUCUCUGGAGCCACUGUUAGAAUUGGUUACCGACUUUGCGCAUGAUUUAGGGUCUAGGUUCGAAAAAUACUAUGCGAAGACAUUAGAAUUGGUUGCAUCUAUCGCUGGCACCCCCCAAGAUGUGGCGGUUAUUGAGUGGAGUUUCACAUGCCUUGCCUUUAUGUUCAAAUAUCUUUCGAAGCUAUUGGUUCCAGACCUACGUCCAACCUACGAUUUAAUGGCACCUUUGCUUGGAAAACGGCGCCAACAGCAUCACAUUGCACGUUUUGCCGCAGAAGCGCUGAGCUACCUCGUCAAGAAAGCUGGAGCUCCCGCGCACAGGGACAAAGCCCUUCCCUUGAUAGUCAAGCAUGCGAAAGACGACUUGCGCAGUAUGGCUGGUACGAAGGAGUUCGGUCUUUAUUACCAUGGAGUUAUGACACUUUUUGCAGAAGCUAUGAAGGGGAAUGGACUUACUAUACAUACCUCGGGCCCAGCAAUACUAAACUCCUUGUUUUCAUCAUUAGACGAAAAUGACUGGAAUUCCGAUGCUACCUCGCCAUGGUUAGAUGUUGUGUCUGGAGUUCUCAUCAGUAUGGUUCAUCAUACUAGCUCAAACACUUUUAAAGAUAUCUUGGACACAGUCGUGGUGUAUGCAACAACGGCACUUGAGGAGUUCGCAGUGUCUCCCGACAAGAGCAAUCUGUGCCGGGUUUUGUACUCUAGUAGAUGCUUAGGUAUUGCCUGCGGUGUUAGAAAAGGGACCCGAGUGGCAGGCUGGCCCAAAAUUUUAAAAACCAUGGCGGAUAUUCUACGAGCUGUCUCUAAAAACUACAAGCUUGUUGGUGCGAUCCAGUCAAAGGAAAUCGUCUGGAAAUACCUUGUACUAAGCGUUUCGAUUUUAUUACAAUACGCGCCAAUGGAUGCCAUCAUCCCGUUCAUUUCGCCCUUUCUCGACUCGUUGACAAAGGAUCCGUUGGCUGAAUGGUUCUUGACCUUCUCCUCUUAUUUUUCGGAAGUCGACUCUGAACGAUUCCGUUCAAUAGUACUGCCAUAUUUCCAGAGAUUUGUGAUUGCUCACUGGUCAGACGCCGAGAACGGGGAUACACUCUCCGUAUUGCUGCCCAAAAUGGUGUCUUCAGGAGUUCUUCCAAGCCGGUAUGGUAAAGAGGGAUUUGUAUUGCCUCAGUCCUGGCAAGAUCAAAUUGUCAGCAAGUUUGAAAAAUUGGAAGUUUCGCCCUUUCCUGAACAGGCUUCGUCAGCUUCAAAAGACAGAAGCCCCACGACCUGGCAUGAUCGAUGCUUGCCGAAGUACAAUGCACUCUUAGACAUUUUAAACUGUACAGUUGUACACCCGUCAACCAAUGCUAGGAUCUCUGAAAUUCUCCUCCGAAAGCUCAAGUUAUCUCUAAGACCAUCCUCCUCGCUUGCCCCGGAAGAGGCAAAUUUCAUAGUUGGAAGGGGCUUCAGUGCGUUCUCUAGAAUGAGCAAGGGAGCUGGCGAGGUCGAUCGAGCACUGGAACCACUACUUCGAGCAGCGGCUCCUAGAUAUGCGCGUUUGCCCGAUUUCUUAGAAGCCAUGUACGACUACGAAACUAGCCUCAAGCGCUCGCCAAAAUCGACCUCUGGAUCAUUGCAUACUUCUCCGCAAUCCGACGCAGAUGCAGAUUUAUUCGUCACCUCUCUUGUUGCUAAUCUCUCAACUGAUUCACAUCAACUGAGGCUGUUGUCUCUCCGUCUAUUGGACCAUAUUUAUACUCUAGAACACGAGUCGAAUUCUGAAGCUCUUUCCGUCAUGAUAAUGGUAGAACAAACGCCAUUAGAUUUACAAACAUCACGUUCUGCAUCUAUGCACAUACGUAAGCUAUCAAUACUAUAUCCCUCACAGGCGGCGGGAUCUUGGAUGAAAGAUGCCAUUCCAUCGUUCUGCUUUGGUAUGCUUACUGUGAAAUUUGCUCAAAUAUGGGAGGAUGCCUGCCUGUCUCUGAAGCAGAUCUCGGAAUCAAAAGAUGGUGAAGCUGCGGUCGCCAAGCUGGCCUUUAAAUGGCUAGAAUCACCUUCAAUGACUUGGGACGGAUCAGCUAGAGAUGUGGAGCAACCUCGCAACAAUGGUUUGACAGAUUUUGAAUGUUCGAACCUGACUAAUUUGGAUAAGAUAGCCAUGGCAUCUUUAUCUGCCGUGGACCACGCGCGAGAUACGAUGUUACGGCAAUUCGAAACUGCGCAGCAGCUAGUAGCAGCAGAGCCUACGACAGCCAGGUCACAAGCUCUGAGAGUGCUCUCCGUUGUCCCUAGUGUGGCGGAAAGAAGAUCAAGAGAGUUGAUACCUAUGUUUCUAUCUUGGUCUGGGGUGUCAGCUGAGAAGUCUGACUUAGAGAACGACAGUCCCGAGCCCGUUGCCAGUGGAUGGUCCAGAAAAGAUCAAAAGUCACAACUUGAUUUGCUUGCCUUGUUUGUUAAUCCAAAGUCAUUGUACAGGUCAGAAGAUGUCAGAGAAUCUCUACUUCAACUCCUCGCCAAUGGAGAUAUCGAUAUUCAGAAGUCGGCUCUGAAAGCACUUUUUACAUGGAAAAAUCAAAGCAUUAAGCCUUACGAAGAGAAUCUUUUAAACCUCUUGGAUGAAGCACGCUUCAAGGAUGAGCUCGCAAUUCUUUUUCAAGGCCAAACGCUAAUUCAGCCCGAGCAUCGCGACGAUCUGAUGCCAAUAUUGCUGAGAAUUCUCUAUGGUCGUUCUAUCUCCCGGAAAGGUGCUGGCAGUGGGAAGCAAGGGUUAGAAGCCAGAAGAUUAACGGUGCUGCGAAACUUGAGUGUCGCUGAUGUGGAGUUGUUCCUUGACAUCGCUCUUGACCAGCUUAAGGACCUUAGCAUUCUUGAAAAUGGCAUUGUCCAAUCGUCUGUGUUUGAUACGGAGCUGUUGAACGUCCGACGACAGGUCGGUAUUGUCAACAUGCUCGAGGGAGUAUUGAAAGAACUCGGCACCAAAAUAUCACCGUUCGCAAGCAAGCUUGUCAACACAACCCUCUAUUGCACAAUAUAUGCGAGCCGCCGUCUGUUCGACAGAGCCGACGAUGAUGUCGACGAUGACGGUCAGCUUAGUCAAACAUCAUUGCUCAAAGUCGUGCGUCAGACGGGCUUGAAGUGCUUGCUCCAGAUUUUUACGGCCGCUCCUGAAUUUGACUGGACACACUAUUUGGACUGCAUUAUCGAGGACAUUGUCCUUCCCAGACUCGAUAAGCUGCCGAUAGAGACCGCUCAGAGCGUUGCAGCGCUUCUGCGGUUACUAGGUACAUGGUCUUCUUCCGCGAGAACUAUCAUGUUUCUUGGCCGUGAACCUACGAUAGUUCCCAAGAUUGCAGACUGCUUGGCUCCCCAGAAAUCUAAGGACGAAGUGAAAUUGUUCGUCUUGGCUAUCUUCAGAAAUAUUGUCAGGUUGGCUAGGGAGAACGAAAAUGAAGAACUAGGUGGCAGAAUUAAAUCGGAACUUCUAGCCCCCAACAUAGAUCAUAUUCUGACACAGGUCGGAGGAAUUUUGCGGGAGCAACAAGAUCUGAGCAAGGACCUGCUCGAGAGCUGUGUCGAAACCGUUUCUGAGCUUGCACCGUUUGUGGCCACUUCAUCUCAAGCCCAUAACCUGGUUGGCGUGUCAGUCUUCCUUCUCGACCAGCCCUCUCGCCGAGUCAGCCCCGCAACCAAAGGUCGUCUCUUGCUAGUUCUCGAGCACUUUGUUCCUCUCUACGACCUGCAAAAUGAUGAUGAGCUAAAGGACAAAGUUUACAACACAGUCACUUCACUUUUCGGUUUCUUCAAGGACAAGGCUAGUAGAGAAGUUUUGUCUCGAGUAUUAAUGGUUUAUGCCGAAAACGACCCGGUUCUGGGCGAGAUUGCGACCAUAUGUAUUGAUCUCAAUUCUUUCCUGGUAGGACGACUAGAUGAGCCCGACUACGACCGACGACUAAAGGCCUUCAAUGUCAUCAACAGUGAGAAGGGUGCAUUUCUUACUGCGCACCAGUGGAUACCACUGCUCUACAACAUGCUGUAUUAUAUACGCCACGAUGAAGAGUUUGGGAUUCUGUCGUCAAAUUCCUCUGAUGGAAUUUGUCAAUUCAUUAACGCAGCUGGCAAGGCUGCAGAAUUAGAAGUGAGCUCCUUCAAGAGAUUAUUAUCAACCGUCUUAAUUCCUGCCAUCUACCUUGGCGCGCGUGAACCAUCAGAGGUUAUUCGACGAGAAUACCUGAAAGUGAUGGCACAUCUCGUUCGAACGUUUCCUACGUGGAGCGAGGUAAACGACAUGCAUGGCCUUCUUGCAGGCGAGGAUGAACUAGAAUCUUCCUUCUUCAAUAACAUCCUUACUGCGGGAAAAGGACGCCAGUCGAGUGCAUUGGGUCAGCUAUCCACUGCUGCGGAGAAAGGCGAAAUUGGGGGAAAGAACAUGAGUCAUUUCUUUAUCCCUCUAAUUGAGCAUUUCAUCUUUGACCGUGCAGAGGGGAACGAUGCCCACAAUCUUGCCGCAGAAGCUACCGCGACGGUUGGUGUCAUCUCCAGAUCCCUUGAAUGGCCUCAAUACAGGGCAAUGCUUAGAAGGUUCAUUGGUUAUGUCCGAGCCAAACCUGACCUCGAGAAGCAAGUCAUCAGAUUGCUCGGGAAAGUCAUCGACGCCUUGGCGACUGCAGCAGAAGAAUCGGACCUCGAAGGACAGAUUCCUGGAAAUAGAAGUACGCUCUCUAGAACAAUGCCCAAACAAGUCAAGCUCGCCGACGACCUCUCCACAAAUAUCUUGCCCUCUCUUACGUCUUACCUGCACGACAAAGACGAGUCUACCGUCAGUCUUCGUGUACCUGUUGCCAUGAUUAUAGUGCGACUCUUGAAGCUCCUGCCUUCAGAGCAGUUGAAUGAGCGUCUACCUGCUGUUCUUACGGAUAUAUGUCACAUCCUAAGAAGUAAAGCGCAAGAGUCACGGGAUUUGACAAGAGAUACAUUGACCAAGAUUUGCGUUCUUCUGGGACCAUCAUGUUUCGGGUUUGUCCUAAAAGAACUCCGAGGCGCCUUGGCGAGAGGAUAUCAAUUGCAUGUUCUGUCGUAUACAAUGCAUUCAAUACUCGUGGCCACGACACCAGCGUACGCUCCAGGAGAUUUGGAUUACUGCCUCCCUUCUAUAGUUGCUAUUAUCAUGGAUGACAUAUUUGGCGCCACAGGCCAAGAAAAAGACGCCGAGGAAUAUGUGAGCAAAAUGAAAGAAGUUAAGAGCAGCAAAAGUCAUGAUUCAAUGGAGUUGGUCGCGAAAACCGCGACUCUGAGUCGUUUAACAGAUUUGGUGAAGCCAAUCCAGUCGUUGCUCAAGGAGAAGCUCAGUCUGAAAAUGGUUCGCAAGAUCGACGAGCUUUUGAAUAGGAUAAGUAGCGGUUUGCUGAGAAAUUCGGCAGCUCAAAGCCGGGACAGUCUGGUGUUUUGCUAUGAGGUUAUCAAGGAUGUCUACGCUGUAGCCAAUACGCAAGAAAAAACAAAACCCAAUUACAGACUAAGACGAUAUCUCAUUCAGAAAGGAGCAAAACGAAGUGGAGAAAGAGGAACAAAUACUAUUUACACUUUCAAGUUGGUCCGCUUCGCCUUUGACGUACUUCGGUCAGUGUUGAAAAAGUACGACGACCUCCGCACAUCAAGCAACUUAGCCGGAUUCAUUCCUAUUUUGGGCGAUGCCGUGGUUCAAGCGGAAGAAGAAGUCAAAGUUGCCGCUUUCCGCCUACUUACGACAGUCGUUCGCGUUCCGCUCAAGGUGGAAGCUGAUGGGACCAAUCUUUACCGUAUUGCUGCAGGAGAGGCUACCAAAUGUAUUUCGGCAUCUUCAAGCACCACUUCAGACCUGGCUCAAGCUUCCAUUAAGAUGGUUUCAGUAAUUCUUCGAGACCGUCAAGAUGUACCUAUCAAGGAUACGGCCAUUGACGAUCUCCUUGUCAGACUCAAGAACGACAUGACCGAGCCCGAGCGUCGCCACGUUACGUUCAACUUCCUCAGAGCGGUCAUGGAUUCCAAAGUACAAACGGCAGUCGUUUAUGAUACUCUUGAUUAUGUAGGAACAGUGAUGGUCACAAACGAUGAUAAGGACACUCGGGAUCUUGCUAGAGGAGCAUACUUCCAAUUUUUGCGCGACUAUCCACAGAAGAAAAGCCGAUGGACGAAGCAGCUAGGGUUUGUUGUAGCGAACCUGAAGUAUGAGAGAGAGGGUGGGCGAUUAUCUAUUCUGGAGGUCAUUCACCUCCUACUUUCCAAAUCUUCCGAAGACUUUGUGCAGGAGGUAUCCGGAACCUGUUUUGUGCCGCUAGUAUUUGUUCUUGCGAAUGAUGAUAGUGAGAAGUGCCGUAUGGCAGCGGGUGAAGUCAUCAAGGAAAUCUUCAAGAGAGCCGACAAAGAAAGAACCACCACAUUUUUAGCCCUCCUUCGAUCUUGGAUUCAGCAAAGCGAGAAUGCAUCAGUAGUAAGGCUGGCUUUCCAAGCAUAUGGUUUCUAUAUCGAGUCGCAGACUAGUGAGGGGAACGACAUUGGUAUGCUAACGUCUGCCAUAACGGGAACUCUUAAACUGGCUGAAGACUCGAGUUCCGAUUGGGAACAAAUAUAUGCUGCCUCUCAACUCGCGAUUGUACUUGUGCAAAGGUUUCCAGCGGCGAUGCUAGGCCCGGAAACCAACUCACUCUGGUCCGCUGUGCAUUAUUGUCUGUCGUAUCCACACGCAUGGGUAAAAUUGUCUGCAGCACGACUCGCUAGCAUGUACUUUGCGGAUUUUGCUCGAAACAAUGUGGAAACAGAACUCGCUAUUCCGUUGAAAGGCUCAGGUAGUUUGAAGCUUAAGACUGAUGACAUUUUGGACCUUACUAGACGCUCAGCUCAUAUGCUCAAGACUCCAGGCCUGACAAGUACCUUGGCGGACGAAAUUGUCAAAAACCUUGUAUUCCUGGGCCGGGUAGCCGCAGCAAAUAAUCUCAAGUGGCGCUUUGCUCAAACUGUUGAGUCCGAGGAUGAAGCUGAUGAUGUAGCUGACGAGAUUCCGGAACAGAAGACUGCGCUUUAUUAUUUAUUUGGGCGCCUGUCGUUUAUCCUCCGCCGAGAGACAUCACCUCCACGUGCGCCAGCUCUUAUUCCAAAAACCUCCUCACUUGCAAUACUAGUUCACCUUGUGUCCAAGGUUGAAGCUACACAUCUUCUGCCAGCUUUACAGACAAUCCUUCUUCCACUGCAUAAUCUCACAGAUACGUCUAUUCCGGCGCCAUACUCCACAGAUGAAUUAUUCAAGACCGAUUACGACACCUUGAAGAACAAUGCCGAAGAAUUGCUGGAAACACUUAAGAGGAAGGUUGGAACGAAAGAAUUUACUGAGGCUAUGUUGAAGGUCAGGCAGGGUGUGAGAGAGAGGAGGGAUGCGAGACGCGGAAAGAGGAGGAGAGAUGCUGUUGCUGAACCAGCUCGCUUCGGGGAGCAUAAAAGGAAAAAGACUGAGAGGAAGAAGGAGAGGCGGAAGGAAAGAGGUGCUGAGCAUGCGGCUAGGAGAAACGAGAACUGA